AUGACAGAUUCACCGUCAGAGUUCGAAGAAAUCCCUUCAAAAUUCCCUUCAACACUGAUUUACGUUUUGAUGACGCUAAACGUGAGCAUUGGCGUGCCUGCGAUUCUUGCCUUUUCAAAAGGUGUGUUCGAAAACUUUGGUCUCGAUCCAACCACAGCUGCCUCGUUGUCUGUCGCUUUCCCACUCGUGCAGAUCGUAGCAAUUAUUAUUCUCCAUAAGUCGCUAUUAAAUAGGAAAAUCCUUAUUGUUGGCGGAUACAUUGUUGCUGUUAUGGUUCAGGCAAUGCUUCUCUUGACAUCGUACUAUCCUCUUCUACCGGUAGAGCAUAAGACGAUUGCAAUGAGUGUACUGUUCUGGUUGCUCGCCCUCGUGGUAUGUGUUCCAUGCAACACGGCGCUGUGCUUGAUCACUGAACAAUUCAUCGGUUCAAAUGAGCAAAUGAUGUAUGCAAGCCGGGGAAGAGCAUUGAUGUGGGUCCUGGCCACCAUCAGUACUGCUACAUUCACCUGGACCAUGGAAGUGUACGGAUUUACCAUCUGCUUCCUUCCAUACGUCAUGAUUUCUGCAAUGUUCCUUGCUGUUCUAAUUUAUGUAUAUCCAGAGAAUAUAAAAGAGGAAGUAUAG